UCAUCAAUCGGUCGGAGAGCUUGUUGGUGAUCGGUCGCGCCAAUGGUUUCGUUCGUGUUGUUCGUGCUUGUCAUAACGACGGCCGGGGCCGAGCCCCUGGUCCGUACAUGCGAGCCCAUCCGCGUGGACAUGUGCACCAACCUGGGCUACAACAUGACGGAGAUGCCCAACCUCGGCGGCAACGACAUCCAGCAGGAGGCCGACUACACGCUCAAGUCCUUCUCGCCGCUGAUCCAAUACGGCUGCAGCUCGCAGCUGAAGCUGUUCCUAUGCUCGGUGUAUGUGCCCAUGUGUACGGAGAAGGUGGCCAACCCUAUUGGGCCCUGUCGGGGGCUGUGCGAGAGCGUGAGGGCCAAGUGCUACCCCGUGUUGAAGGGCUUUGGGUUCUCCUGGCCCGACGCCCUCAACUGCUCGCGUUUCCCCGUGGAGAACAACCACGAGCAUCUGUGCAUGGAGGGACCGAAGGACAGGGGAGUGGAUGUGUUAGCCCCCGUCGACCCUGCCGUGCAGAAGUUCGACUGUGGGAGGAAUUUCGUCAGGAAUGAUUUGGGGAAUUGCGUGCCGGCUUGCGAUACCAAUCUCAUGUUUGACGAUUCGGAGAAAAACUUCGCAGAGGUGUGGGUGACCGUGUGGGCAAUGAUUUGCUUCGUGAUCAGCUUAGCCUCGGCCCUGACAUUAACAAUAGGCGGAGGCCGCGUGAAAGCGCGCCCUUUGAUCAGCAUAGCUCUUUGCUACUGCAUGGUGAGCGCCGGUUGGGCCCUUCGGAUGUUCUCCGGUCGAAUGUCGCCUUUUUGCCCUCCUGAAGACGGUCUUUCUAACGUGAACUGCGCCUUCGUCUUCCUUCUGAUCUACUAUUUUGGAAUGGCAGCCAAUGCUUGGUGGGUCUGUUUAUGUGCUUGGUGGGUCGCACGUGUGGGACUUUCUUGGCCUCCGGAAAAGCUCCGCAGCUUGGGAUCGAUAUUGCAUGUGUGUGCUUGGGGCUUGCCGGCAGCGCAGACUGUCGCCGCCUUGGUGCGGAGGGAUGUGGACCCAGACGAACUCACUGGGACCUGUUAUAUCGGCAACCGCAACUCGGCGACACUCCUCGGCUUGGUGCUCAUCCCUGACUUCAUCUACUUCAUCCUAGGCAUCUUCUUCCUCAUCCUAGGCUGCGUGCGCGUGAUCCGCAAGCCGCGCCCCUCAGCCGCGGCACCUUUAACCGCAGCGACACCUCGCAAAGAGAGCGAUUUCCUAGGCGCAGUUUGCACCCUCUACGCCAUCCCCACGUUCUGCGUCAUGGCCAGUAUCUACUACGAGUACAAUAACCGCGACCAGUGGCUCAACCGCGAAUCCAAACCAGCUUUGUGGGCCUUUCUUUUGCGCCAUCUCAUGUCACUUUUCAUAGGAGUUAGUACUGUUUUCUGGAUUUGGUCGAUGAAGACUGUGACGGCGUGGAGGGCGGUUUUGCGGCGUUUGGGCCCCAGGAAACAACUGCCGGUGAAGGUACAGACUAUGCCGGUGUUGAGGUACGUCCCGGCGCACCCCGUGCCGAGUACUUUGAGUACGAGUAGUAGACACUCGACGAGAUCGCAUCCGCACCGGAAGCCGAGACUGCACCAUAUCCGGACUGGAGGGGAGACUGUUAUUUGAACAAAAUGACGGAAAAGAAAAUAAAAAGAUCUCUGUAAUUUAGCGACUUUGAGGGUUAAUCAAGUUAGCUCUUUUCAAGUCCGAUUUUGUAAAUAUUCUGUGAUCGGUGCGUUGAUUCAUUUGUUUAUCCUGGGAUUUACGUUUUGCCAUAACAGCUCAUUCUGUGUGUAUGAAAACAAACACGUGGCCGAUUUAUCGACAGAUGUUUCGGCUUGGGUGUUGGUCUUGUAGACUCUUGCUCUUGUAAGAUAUCGAAAAGAUACUUUGUUUCCCUUCAUAAGUCAUAGGAGAGGGUCCUGAUAGACUUCGACUUCAUUAUUUCAUUAUUUUACGCAUCUCAUGUUCCAUUUUUUUCCAUUAAACGUUGUAUUCCUUGUAAAUGUGCCUUGAACGGAUGUACAUAAAAGUGCCAUUGUGUAGUAUGCUAUCUAAAGCGGGGGAUAAAUCGAGGAAACGCCUUCUGCCAAAUCACUCUCAUGACGGUUUGUCGAUUAAUCCAGCGUUUUUUUUUCAGAAUUUUUAAUAUUUUUUUAUUUUUUCAUACGAUUUUUUAUACAAAUCUUUAUAAUGUACUUGUAAUUAUAUUUAUUUAGUUAUAGUGAGUGUAAAAUUGUUUUAAA